AUGGCGCCCACCCUGGCCACUGCCCACCGGCGCCGCUGGUGGAUGGCCUGCACGGCGGUGGUGGAAAACCUCCUCUUCUCGGCAGUCCUCCUGGGCUGGGGCUCGCUGCUCAUCAUGCUCAAGUCCGAGGGCUUCUACUCCUACCUGUGUACCGAGCCAGAGAACGUCACCAACGGCACAGCAGCUGAGUCAGGGCAGGAGGAGGAGGUGAGCUGGAUGAACGGUUGGCUCAGCUGCAAGGCCCAAGAUGAGAUGCUAAACUUAGCCUUCACCGUGGGCUCCUUCCUGCUCAGUGCCAUCACCCUGCCCCUGGGCAUCGUCAUGGACAAGUACGGCCCCAGGAAGCUCAGGCUGCUAGGCAGUGCCUGCUUUGCUGUCUCCUGCUUGCUGAUUGCAUAUGGAGCAAGUAACCCAAAUUCUCUCUCUGUGCUCAUCUUCAUCUCCCUGUCUCUGAACGGCUUUGGCGGGAUGUGCAUGACGUUCACCUCGUUAACACUGCCCAACAUGUUCGGCGACCUUCGCUCCACGUUUAUUGCCUUGAUGAUCGGAUCCUAUGCCUCCUCAGCAGUCACCUUCCCGGGAAUCAAGGUCAUCUACGACUUUGGUGUCUCCUUCAUCAUCAUCCUCGUGGUCUGGGCCGGCUGCUCCGGCCUGGUUUUCCUCAACUGCUUCUUUAACUGGCCUCUGGAGCCCUUCCCGGGGCCAGAGGACAUGGACUACACGGUGAAGAUCAAGUUCAGCUGGCUGGGCUUCGACCACAAGAUCACGGGGAAGCAGUUCUACAAGCAGGUGACGACCGUGGGGCGCCGCCUCAGCGUGGGCAGCUCCAUGCGGAGCCACAAGGAGCAGGCGGCCCUGCAGGAGGGCCACAAGCUCUGCCUGUCCACCGUGGACCUGGAGGUCAAGUGCAAGCCCGAUGCCGCAGCGGCGCCCUCCUUCAUGCACAGCAUCUUCAGCCCCAUCCUGCUGCUCAGCCUGGUCACCAUGUGCGUCACGCAGCUGCGGCUCAUCUUCUACAUGGGUGCCAUGAACAGCAUCCUCAAGUUCCUGGUCAGCGGGGACCAGGACAAAGUGAGCCUCUAUACCUCCAUUUUCGGUGUGCUCCAGCUCCUCUGCCUGCUGACGGCCCCCAUCAUCGGCUACAUCAUGGACUGGAGGAUGAAGGAGUGUGAAGAUGCCACAGAUGAGCCCGAAGAGAAAGACGCCAACCCAGGCGAGACGAAGAAGAAGCGAGACCGGCAGAUCCAGAAGGUCACCAACGCCAUGCGGGCCUUUGCCUUCACCAACGUGCUGCUUGUGGGCUUUGGGGUGACGUGUCUCAUUCCCAACCUGCCUCUACAGAUCCUCUCCUUCAUCCUGCACACAAUUGUGCGGGGAUUCAUCCACUCUGCCAUUGGGGGCCUGUACGCCGCCGUGUACCCCUCCACCCAGUUUGGCAGCCUCACGGGACUGCAGUCUCUGGUCAGCGCGCUCUUUGCUCUCCUGCAGCAGCCCCUGUUCCUGGCCAUGAUGGGCCCCCUCCAGGGAGACCCUCUGUGGGUGAACGUGGGGCUGCUGGUCAUGAGCCUGCUGGGGUUCUGCCUCCCCCUCUACCUCAUCUGCUACCGGCGCCAGCUGGAGAGGCAGCUGCAGCAGAAGAGGGAAAACGACAAGCUUUUCCUCAAGCUCAACGGCUCGUCCAACCAGGAGGCUUUCGUGUAG